AUGGAGUCUCAAGAUACGGCCCCCAAGCAAAGAGUGAUACCAAGAGCUGUUCGAUGCAAUCGUCUUGUACCUUGCUCCAACUGCACCAUCUCUGGGCUGGACUGCCCAAGGGGUGGCAAUACUCGCAGUGCCCGACCGCCUGAGGACGCACAGGUCAGCCUACCAAGUCAGGAUACGCUUUCCUACUUUGCGCGCUUUGAAGCCAAACUCGCAGAUCUUCAGCUCGAAGUCGACGGCCUGAAGGAGCAGCUGCAAAAUCGGGACUCUACAGACAACACGGUGCCUUCACCGCACUGCUCGAACAGUAGCAACCCUGUAGUUCGACAGAAUGAUGUCUUUGGAGAUCACACCCAAGAAGAGGGCGACUCCUCGUUUGGGCGACAGGCUUUGAACGCCAUCCAAGUCGCAGAGUUGACGUCGUCUGAGUCUUCGCACUCACCUGCUGUUGCCCAACAUCUGGCGAGCCUGCGUGAUAUGGCCCGCGAGCAUGAGGCUUCGGGCCUGAAUAGGGAUGACUACAUAUCGGCCCCAGUGCCAGUGACUGAUAAUCUCAAGAUGCGCUUGCCACCAUCAACGUUUGUGUUGGCGAUUCUGAGGGUGCUCCGAGAACGAAAAGGUGUCCAACCCAUUCUUUAUUACUUCCAUGGCGUCUAUGAUCGUCUUCAGAUCGAAAAGCUAUGCCGGCGUAUCUACUUUCCGCUGGAUUCAGUCUCGGCUGCGGAUGUAACUCUCCUCAACGGCAUGCUCAGUGUUGUCUUGCGAGAACUUGACAACAUUGAAGAUUCUGAAAUAACCUCUGAGGAAAUCACACGCUACCAAAGUAUUUGCGAGAGCCAGUUCCAAACGGGACUUGAGGUAUACGAGGUGAUGGCUAUGCCGACGAGAGAAAACGUCAUGAUCCUUGUUAUAGGGAUGGUGCAUGCUCAGAUUAGAGCCAAAUUGCCUCUGCAAUGGAGCCUGACAUCCACCGCAGCCAGACACUGCCUUGCCCUUGGCUACCAUCGCGAACACCGCAUUUCACGACUCCCAUCGGCUGAGGCGUCAUCGGUAAGACGGUUAUUCUGGCACAUCUAUAUCGCUGAUAAGAAUCUCUCCUCUCGCCUCGGACGAACUUCGAUCAUCCAAGACCUGGAUGCCGAUACUGGCCUCAAUGCAGUUUCUGAUGAACCCGAGAGGACACCUUGGGACCAGGCCUUUGUCUCGUUUGUCGAAUUUGCCAGGAUUCAGGGCAAGAUAUAUGAUUCGCUAUAUUCUCCAGCUGCCAAGAAGUCGCAGCCAGAAAGUCGCGUUGUUGUUGCUUUUGAUCUCGAGUCACAGCUCAGUGCGUGGCAUGCUAACUGGACCAAAAUCGACUUCUCCGAAGCCUUCGAUUACGAGUCGUUUGCAGUUACAUUCGGGCCCGCGGAUAUUAUUUACUACUCUUCUCUCACCCUUAUUCACCGUGGUACGGCUUCAUCAGGCUCUGCUCAAGAUAUCUCCCCGGCGUGCUAUGAGGCUGCGCAUCAGGGACUUCAGGCUCACCUCAACUACUAUCCUCGCUUGAGCUGUUCCGCAGACCAUGUCUUGUCUAAUUACGCAUUCUGGUCAGAUCAUCAACCUUCCCAAACAAACUGUCUGACUGACCGUAUGAAUAGGAUAUUUUACUACACUUCCUUUACGCCAUUCGUUGUCACUUUCUUGCACUGCAUCGCCCACUCCGAUCACGACGAUCUACGACUUCUCCAGAAUGUUCUUAAUAGUCUGGAGCAAGUCGGAAGUGCUCUAGAUUAUGCCGAAAAGCAACUGUUUCUCUGCAAAGCUCUCUUUCGAAUCGCCGAGGCUUUCUUGAGCAGCCACACAACUGCGCAAAAUGACCAGGCUGUUGCCGGGAGCACUGCUACUUUUUGCAUACCAUUGCAGAACCCAUUCUCUGACGAAUGGGCAGGACUGGACAGGUUCUUGGAGGGGACUGAGGAUUGGGAUAUGACGACAAUUGACCCGGCCUCUUUUCUUCUGGAUGAUGCCAUGUAA